GAAACGGAGGGAAUAAUUAUAUUUCCUCAUAAAAAAAUAUUCCAGAAAAUUAAAAAAUAAAAUACAAAAAUCACUUUGCACUCAGAAAGAGAGAGGAUCGAAUUCGAAGAUCUCAUCAAAGAGGAAAACGAAGAUUCGUCUCUUCAUCACUGACAAAUUGACAGUGUAUCAAGAUAUCAUAUGUAAAUGUUACCCAUGCAUUACUGUCCAAGUGGUAGUGGUUUUGUACUUCCAAUCCAUUAACUUUUCUGAAGCAAAGCAUACUGCUCGAGACACAGUUAUAAUACAGAUAUCUGCAUGGAGUGCUGAACUGGAUGUUAUUUUCGUUGAGCAGAGCGGAAGUUCUCCCUCUUGACUUGUUUCUUUUGUCAUUCGCUAAAGGCGUCCUAGUUCAAGCUUAGUUCACAAAAGCGUUACAGUAACAUAUAGUCAGAUAUUAUACUGCGGUGGCAGCACAAUGGACCCAAUAAAUGGAGGAAACAACCACAAUAACAAUCCUAGUCUUGCCUCAAAGCAACGAUUGCGUUGGACCCAUGAGCUUCAUGAACGUUUCGUUGAUGCCGUCGCACAACUUGGUGGCCCAGACCGGGCCACGCCUAAAGGUGUUCUUAGAGUCAUGGGUGUGCAAGGGCUAACAAUUUAUCAUGUAAAAAGUCAUUUACAGAAAUAUCGGCUUGCUAAAUACCUUCCAGAUUCCUCAUCUGAUGGUAAACAAUCUGACAAGAAAGAAUCAGCAGAUAUGCUUUCCAGUUUGGAUGGUUCAUCCACUGGUGUGCAGAUAAAUGAGGCUCUAAAAUUGCAGAUGGAGGUACAAAAGCGACUGCACGAGCAACUGGAGGUACAAAGACAGCUACAACUUAGAAUUGAAGCACAAGGAAAGUACUUGAAGAAGAUAAUAGAAGAACAACAGCGGCUCAAUGGAGUUCUCUCAGAAGUUCCUGUUUCUGGGGCCACUCCUUCACCAGCAGGUGACAAUGGUCCGGAUUCUGAUAACCGGACUGAUCCAGGGACUCCUGCACCAACAUCUGAGUCUCCUCACAUUGAUAAGUCUGUACAAGAACAUGCCCUUUCUAUCGAUCAAUCAUUCUCCGAGCCUCUUACUCCAGAUUCUGGUUGCCACGAGACUUUGCCAAUAAAUAGCCCUGAAGAUGAAAGGUCAUCAAAGAAACAAAGAGUGGGCACAAGUGCAUCAUUUACUAAAGCAGAUAUGCUACUUCCGCAGCAGAUAUUGGAGUCGAGCUUAAGCUCACCAUACGAGCAACCAAAUCCAGUUUUCCUGGCGAGCGACCAAUUCAAUCUCUCAUCAGGAUUGUCUCUUGGCAGUGAAGGACCAAAAGUUUCGGGAAGCAACAUGUAGUUACUCCAUGUGCAACAGGACUUCAAUUCAACUACUAUAUGUAGUCUUGAAAAUAUGUGUUCUCAUUCGGUAACAGAUGCUACUAUGCUUACUGAAUAUACUCGAUGCUACCAUGCUUACUGAGUAUACUAAGGUUAAAUGUAACUUUAUUUUCAUGUAAUGUAAUACUUUACAGCUCGUUGCUUAA